UGGAGCCGGGGCCAUGCUGCUCUCCAAGCUGGGCUCCUUCGCUCACAUCUCUCCCGGCGUGGACCUGCCCGCCCGGCUGCAGCAAGCCAAAGCCGAGAAGCCGCAGUUUGAGACGCUGUACCGGCUCGGUCCGUUGCUCGGCCGGGGAGGAUUCGGAACCGUGUACUCGGCGGUUCGGCUGGCCGACGACCUGCCGGUGGCGGUGAAACAUGUGAGCAGGGACAGAGUGAAUGAAUGGGGCUCGCUGGGCAGUACCGCGGUUCCCUUGGAAAUCGUUCUGCUCAACAAGGUGAGCGGCUCGUCCGGCGGGGUGGUGGGCCUGCUGGACUGGUGGGAGCGGGCGGACGGCUUCCUGCUGGUGCUGGAGCGGCCCGAGCUGGGCCAGGACCUGUUCGACUACAUCACGGAGCGCGGCCCGCUGGACGAGGCCGAGGCGCGCGCCUUCUUCCGCCAGGUGCUGGACGCGGUGCAGCACUGCUACAGCUGCGGGGUGAUACACCGAGACAUCAAGGACGAAAACCUGGUGGUGGACCUGCAGAGCGGGCAGCUCAAGCUGAUCGACUUCGGGUCCGGGGCGCUGCUCAAAGACUCGGCGUACACAGAGUUCGACGGUACCCGGGUCUACAGCCCUCCAGAGUGGAUCCGCUUCCAUCGGUACUUCGGUCGCUCUGCGGCCGUCUGGUCUCUGGGCGUGCUGCUGUACGACAUGGUGGUGGGAGAUGUGCCGUUCGAGCAGGACGAAGACAUCCUGAGGGGCAAGAUCAGCUUCCGAGGGAAACCGAUCCUCUCCUCGGACUGCCAGCAUCUGAUAUUGUGGUGUCUAUGCCAGAAGCCGUCGAGGAGGCCGAGCCUGGAGCAGAUCAUCUGCCACCCCUGGGUGACGUACAACGCCCCCCCGCGCCCCUUCGGCGGCGGCGCCGCGUCCGCACCUCCUGUGAACCUGUUGGGGGCGGAGCUUGAACCUGUUGGGGGGCGGGGCUUGUACUCGAUUGACACCGGGGCGGAGCCAGGCGGCUCUCAGUGCCUUAAAGCUGUGUGA